AAGGUGAGGAGGCAAAUCUUGCUACUGCUCCCAGAGUAAAUGGCAGGUAGAUGACAGAAGGUGGGAAAGAAGUGUGAACUCUAGGAAAGAGAUACUGAUCUGGGCUGGAAUCAGCCAUGACCUGAGAUGCCGAACCUGCCCUGUGCUAGAGCAAAGGAGAAACUGAAUAAAAUCAAAUUGAAGAAGCAGUAGAAAAGCAUUUCUCUCUGCAGUCUGGGUUUUAGAUGAAAAUGGAGGUCUCUAACUGGGUUUCUGGGGAAUACCUCUGGCUGGUAUUAAGGUGGAGAUGCCGUGACCUCUGCGCCGUGCAGAUCACAGGAAGCGGAAUGCUCUUUCUUCCUUAGUCUGGAAGGUGAAAGACAGGCUGUCCCAGAAAUGGACUCGGAGGGACAAUUGAGGAAAAUGGGAAGCGCGCCCCCGGGGCCCGUCCCCGAGGGCCUGAUCCGUGUCUACAGCAUGAGGUUCUGUCCUUACGCCAAGAGGACGCUCCUGGUCCUGAGGGCCAAGGGAAUCCGGCAUGAAGUCAUCAACAUCAACCUGAAAAAUAAGCCUGAGUGGUUUUUCAAGAAGAAUCCCUUAGGCCUAGUGCCGGUUCUGGAAACCAGUCUGGGUCAGUUGAUCUAUGAAUCUGCCAUCACUUGUGAGUACCUGGAUGAAGCAUAUCCAGAGAAGAAGCUGUUGCCAGGCGACCCCUAUGAGAAGGCUUGCCAAAAGAUGGUCUUUGAGUCCUUUUCUAAGGUACCAUCUUUGAUGGUAAGCUUUCUUAGGAAGCAAAAUAAGGAAGAUUGCUCUGACCUAAAAGAAGAACUGUAUAAAGAAUUCAGCAAGCUGGAGGAGGUUCUGACUAAUAAGAAGACAACCUUCUUUGGUGGCAAUUCUCUUUCUAUGAUUGAUUGCCUCAUCUGGCCCUGGUUUGAAUGGCUAGAAGCCUUGGAGUUAAAUGAGUAUGUAGACCAUACUCCAAAUCUAAAGCUCUGGAUGGCAUCCAUGAAGAAUGAUCCCAUAGUAUCAUCUCUCGCCACCGAUGUGAAGACCCUUCGAGGUUUCUUCAACCUCUACUUGCAGAACAGCCCCGAGGCCUGUGACUAUGGUCUCUGAUGGAGACAAGAGUCAGCAAUGAAGACACAGCUGAUGCUUUGCUUCACUAAUAUGAAUAAUACCAUGCUUUUAUCUUACCAAGUGUUCUCAUGUCUUACUGGAUCACCUUCUCUGAUUUGACAUCAAAUUUGGCUAUACUGUGGGCUUUCCUUAAGACUCUCCUGCAGAAAUAUAAACAUACUUCCUGUCUCAGAAUGCUCAAAUGACUAACGGCUAUCACAGUCCAUGCUGAUAGACUGGAUGAUAAACUACUUAUUCUUAUAGCUGAUCAUGAGCUGGCCUCAGACUGUCCCUGUGCUUGCCUCUCAUAGCUGAUCUCUUGUUCACAUCAUUAUGAUUGCUUAAUUAGAUCUUCAAAGUUUUCUGACCUUACGGCUUCUGCAUAUGCCUUUCCCCUGCUUGGAAUCCUCUCCCUUUUCCUUGUCACAAAGCUCAUCCUUUAAGUAUUGCUAUGAAUUGAAUUUUGUCCCUCAAAAUUUGUAGCUUGAUGUCCCCACUCUCAGUAUCUCAGAAUGUGACUGUAUUUGGAAGCAGGGUCUUUCCUAAAUGAAAUGAAGUAAUUUAAUGUGGCCCUACUCCAGUAUGAUUAGUAUCCUUAUAAAAUGGGAAAUUAAGAGGCAGAUAUACACAGAAGGAGAACACCAUGUGAACACGAGGACAGUUAUUCACAAUCUGGAAUACAUUCUCCAUCAUAGCUCAGCAGGAAUCAAUCCUACUGACACUUGAUCUCAUACUUCUGGCCUCCAGAACUGAGGCAAUAAAUUUCUGUGUUUAAGCCA